AUCCCUGCAUUCUUAACGCCCACUCCAGAGCAGACACUCUUGACGCAGUUUUCCAGCAACAUCCUGGCCGGCAAUAGCGGAAACAACCUAGUUGAACUACGUCUUGCCAACUCACCUCGGCUCGCUUCGAUAGAUGCUCGCUUCCUGAAACUCACAAAACGUUCAGGGCAUUGGAAUUUACCGGCGUUGAUAUCGGACACAGUGCAGCAAUCAUCAUUUAUUAUUCCCAGACCUAUUUCACAUUGGCAAAAAAAUAUAACGGGCGAACAAGAAAAUCGGAUGCAGAUGCCAAGAGAAGUAGUUAGACUCGGUCUGCAGCGAUUGGAACUGAUAGGUCUGAAUCUAAACAGCAGGGAGCUGAUCAACCUUUUCCGAGACCAUGAUCCAACGGAUAACCAGACGGACGUUCUGCUAGGAUUACGUCAGCUGAUUGAAGACUACAGAUUCUUAAGUUCGCUUCAUACGCGCGAACUUAUUCUGCGUCGAAUAAAAAGCCCAGAUGCCGGCAUUUCCACUUCCCUUCAGAGCACUGCAAUAGCCAAGCACUUUCAGCUAUGGCGAUAUACCCGACUUGCAGAGUCAAUAGUCCACCUUGAUCUUAGUGAGUCCGAAUGGACUGGAGAACUUUUAGCUGUCUCACGGUUCAACUCAAAAAGCCCCAGUUCUUCAACUUACAAAGUAUCGCCAUCGAUAUCAGAUAAUAGCAUCAUUAGCGCUAACAGUCAUGUCAGACGCAUCGAGCUUACUGAGAUGCCACAUCUGGAACGACUCAAUAUAGCCGGAAAUAGGGUGUUGGAAAUAAACCUGGAUCUAGUCAACAGAAUGGCCAGUAAUUGGCUACCUAAGCUGCGCUGGCUCGACCUUCGAGCCAACCAACUUACGAGUCUAGCCUGGCUCUGGGACGCCUCUACUGAGGCUCGAAGACACCUAACUGGCGGAAGCCUUGACGAACUCGGAUUCCAAAUUCAAAGUGGCUAUAUUGGGAGUGGGAGGAGAAGAUUUGGAGAUGCUGCGGAAGUAAGAGUACAGCAAGAUAGACCUCUACAAUUACAUCUAUCAGGUAAUCCAAUCCAUUGCAACUGUGAGCUGGCUAAUUUAGCUGCUGCUGCAGCGGAGGCAAAAAUCGGAUUAACCUGGCUGCGCCAAGUCCCUUGUACUACAUUGACAGUACGCAGUAGAGGCUUAAUGGGGAACCAAGCCAUGCAGAUGGCUGCACAUGAAGGUACCACCCUGGCUGAUUGGCAGAAUUGGAGACAGGCAUAUGUGGGCGUCUCGACGCCAGCCAACAAAUCAAUCCCUAUGGUAAAUAGCCUCAAACUUGAAAACCAAGAAAAAAAAUUGGUGGAAGAGCUUGCCUGCCUAGCACCCUCGCCACCGCGGCUUACGAUAGAAACUCCUACAAACAUCAGAACCAUUUGGUUAAGACAAAUGCUCUCGCGAAAUGGAUUUUACAGCUACGAAUUGGAUAUAUUUUCAAGAGUGAACGCGUCAAUAAGUUGUAUCAGUUCAGGUGACCCUCCACCUACACUCGUUUGGCGUCGUGCGAAGCCCGAGGACGACAAAAUGGAGACCGAAUUGGCCUUAGUAACAACGCGGCUGAGAGGCCCGAUGGCUCCUGCUAUGUCAGCACAACUCAACCUAGAGACGGAUGUAAAGUGGGAGCAACAAACGCAGCAAAUACUACAACAGACCUGGGUGUGUACGGCCACCAACCUAGCUGGAGAAGGUCAAGCUGAGCUAAAGAUAAUCAAACGAAGCAAAUCAACUUCAGAAGUACCAACACAAGCAGAAGAGAAUCUCGAGAAUUUCGAACCCCCGAAAUACCAGAGCAGCAGUUUCAUCGAAAGUGGAGCAUACGAACAGGGUAUGGAGUCAUGGCCAAAGAAUAAAGUGGUUAUUAAAACACAAGGGACGGAGUCAAAGAAACAAAUAACAAUAUGGCCACGGGUCGAACAAGUUGCUAGUAGUCGAAUAGCCGCAGCGGAUGGUACAAGCAUCAAUAGACAGAUGACAGCCAGCUGGAAGUUAGUAGUGAUUUCUUUCAGCAUCAUCCAUGGAACCAAAUGA